AUCUGCUAGCCAGACGUCAAGAGCGGCCAUGAAGGCGUGCCAGAUCCAGUCGCAGGGGCUCAUCGUACUGCUAUGUCUCGUGAACCUUCUUAACUAUAUCGACCGGGGCAUCAUACCCGGCGCUCCUCAGAGCUUCCGACACUUCAUCACGUCGUCCUUAGGCGUGGCUGUGACGGACCAGUCCGUCUACUUCGGACUACUGUCCUCUUCCUUCAUUAUCGGCCACUCGGUACUGUCGAUCGUCUUCGGCUACUUCGCACUGACUCACCGACCGUUCCGGAUCAUCUCGCUUGGCACAAGUAUCUGGAUUGUGGCUAUCAUCAUCUGUGCCAUAUCCGAACACGUCAACAGCUACGCACUGCUGAUCGUCGGUAGAGUGUUGAGUGGCGUUGGGGAGGCCUCGUUCCAGUGUGUAGCGCCCCCGUUCAUCGACCGCCACGCCCCACCGGCCCGUCGAUCAUUCUACGUGGGGAUCUACUUGGCGUCUGUCAUCGUGGGCACGGCCAUCGGGUUCGUGUACGGGUCGCUGUUCGCCGAGUCUCCUUUGACGUGGGCGGGGGCGUUCUACUUUGAAGCCAUCUUGAUGGCGUGUCUGGUCUUCUGCUGCUUGUUUUGCGUACCCGACGAGCUCAACGUCGUGCCGCCGACAGACGACGAAGCCGCACUGAGGAAACCACUCGUGUCGACCAAUGAAUUCGCUAGUGAAGUGAUGUCGCUGUCGAGAGCGAGUCAUGAUACAGUGGAGAAGAACGCGGCUGAGCUGUCACCUGCCGAAUACGUCGAGAAAUUCGGCGUCGAGAGGCCAAACGAAGAGACCUCCAAGCCUUUCCUUCAGACAUGGUGGGAGAUCCUCUCGGAUGUCCCGUUCUUGAUGGUGGUGCUGGCUCAUGGAGCAUAUACGUUCACGCUAGGCGUGUUCAAUGCCUUCGGACCGGACGUGUUUAUUGGGCUGGGGCUCUUCUCUGAUGAGACUUCAGCGUCCUUGAUCUUUGGUGGUAUUGUGGCUGUCACGAGUCUCAUUGGCACUCCACUUGGAGGCUUCGUGCUUGAUCGAUACACCAAGCACACUACCGUGCCCGGUAAAAGAUGCUUUGUCGCGGUCUCGUCGCUCUUCUUCUAUGUAUCCAUCGCUGAAGUCUUCGCGUUGAUCAUGUGCUUCAUAUCGGACAGCAAAGGAGCGUUCCUGACGUGUUUUACUAUUGCUCUCUUCUGUAUGUGCGCACUGUGGGGGCCCGAGAUGGUGGCGGUGAUGGAGCUGUUCCCAUCCUCGCGUCGGUCGAUGGCCAUUUCAGCCAACGCAGUGAUCAUCCACGUCUUCGGAGACGUACCUGCACCUAUUGUCAUGGGCGUUGUAAGGGACAAAUGGGCUCCGAACUGUGGCACGGUCGAGGAAGAUGGAGACGCUGUUCUGAAUCCGUUGUGCAGCGAGGACCAAGACGGACUCAAGAACUUUAUGCUGCUGUCGGUGCUGUGGAUGAUCUGGGCGGUGAUUCUGUGGGCCCUAGCCAUGGUUGCUGUUAAGAGAAGACAAAGGAAUGGGGGGUUUGUGCUCACCGCACCAGCAGAGAUUUAAGAGAAACUGAAGUAUUUGUCGUUUGAAGCUAUUGGAAC